AACAAGACUCCUAGAAAGUUAGCAGAUACCCUCGAGUUUGGACGUCAGGUUUCUUGGAGCAAAUGAUGUGCGUCUGAAGAGUUUCAGCAGGUAUCAGACUGGGACGUAUGAAACUGGGGAAGCUGGAAUACACUUCCUUAUCGAAAUAACAGCAAUCUUGACUCCUGGACUUCAACAUCAUUUUUUGAGAGUUUAAAAAAGACACACGUUCCUUAACACACGCUAAAGGAGAGAUGGAUGCCGUGGUGAAGAAGUCUCUUGGUGCCCCCUUCCGACAGCUGACCAGCUUCGUGACGGGGGAUAAGGAUGGAUUUAGCCGGAAAGGCAAGACCGUCCGCAGGAAGAGCGCCCCCUGCUGCUACGGUCAAACAGGACACGACUCAUCCUGGUUAAGGACUUACCAAGCAGAACUGCACAGGGAAAGGAAACUGAGGCAAGUCAAAUUUGCACAGAAGAAUGCAGAAAGAACUGCAACGAGGACACAUUAUAGAAGUCCUCAUCGCUUCACAAAGCCACCUGUACAGAGGGCAAACUUAAAGAGCAAGACCCCCACCAAAAAUGACAACUCUCUUUUUGGUGCCUUCCAAGGACUCAGUCUCAGCAUGAAUGGAGUACAAACCUCAACAACACAAUCAAAUGCAGAUCCAUGUAAAGUCAUGUGACCACAGAGAAGAAAAACAUUUCAAAUGACUGUUAUCCAGGUUUUUUUUCUGGCUACCAAGAGGAACUUCCUUGGCAGUGCUGCUAAUACAUAUCUCAGUUCAGUAUCAGAGAUGCUGCAUUCCAGGAAUAUAAUCUGAUUAUAAUGUAUCAUGAUAAGAUAUAAUGAUUAUGAGACCUCAUGAUUAAGCCAUGAGAC